GGGGGGGGGGAGAUGCAGAGAGAGAGAUAGCAUGCACACUAAACACAUGCUUUAUUUUUCUUCCCCCAAGCCUGCUGCUAUCUCUGCAGACAUUCUCGAGCCUUAAUUGAGACUAAUGUGCGCCGCGGCUCCGCAGAUCAUGACCGGAGCGCAUGGAUUUGUGCACACGAGGAGAAAACUGCGGGGCAUGACACUGGCAGUACCCGCAUUGCAUCACGGAAACAACACCCGGUGCCCCGCUGUCUCCCUCCCACCUCAACUGGAGCUGAUAAGGAGACUGUAGCACAUAUCAUAUGAUUUUUUUUUUUUGCCUCACAAUCCCAUGCAGCCGCGCUCGCAGACGGCUGGCUGUCGUUCUCGGUCUCCAAAGCCAGCCAGCAGCUGCCUGCUCCGCUGUGCGCUGCUCUGGAGGCGCAAAACCGGUAAUUACGCGCCGUGCUGACGACCUGUGGCGCGCUGCUGUAUGGAUUGCGCAUUAGGAACGGGACAGUUUCUGGGAUCUACUGAGAUUACAGACGGGAGUCAUCAGCUGCCCGAUCACAUCAUCCAUUAAGUGUGUGCGCUGCAACCUGUAGCUGCGUGCCCCUUUAUUUCAGUCUUUGUUCCGCCGAGGCACAAUGGAGGGACACAGCUGACGGUUUUGAAUCUGUAGCCCGAAGAGGAGAGAAGAAUAUAGAGGAAGAAAGCAGACUCAGGGGAAACCAUGUAUGGGCGGUACACCCAGGAGCUGGGUGUGUAUGCCAAGGAGGAAGCUGCCCGCCUACGGGAUGAAGGAGUGCGGGAUGGUGGAGGACUGCGGAGGAACACCAGUGUUCGCAGUCGUGCUGCAGAUCUGCUGGAUUAUGAGAAAGAGCCCUGUGCAAAGUGCCAUUUGUGUGCGUCCCGCUGCCAGAAGUUCCUGAUCUCGCGGGUGGGGGAGGACUGGAUCUUCCUCAUUCUGCUGGGGCUGCUCAUGGCUCUUGUCAGCUGGGUCAUGGACUAUGCCAUCGCCUUCUGCCAAGAAGCACAGAAGUGGAUGUAUAGUGGACUGGACAGUAACAUGCUUCUGCAGUACAUUGCCUGGGUCACCUACCCUGUAGUGCUCAUCACUUUCUCAGCAGGAUUCACACAAAUUCUGGCCCCCCAGGCCGUGGGUUCAGGUAUUCCUGAGAUGAAGACAAUACUGAGGGGGGUUGUCCUGAAGGAGUACCUGACAUUUAAGACAUUUGUGGCCAAAGUCAUCGGCCUGACCUGUGCUCUGGGCAGUGGGAUGCCCCUGGGGAAGGAGGGACCCUUCGUUCAUGUUGCCAGUCUGUGCGCUGCUCUCUUGAGCAAAUUCAUGGCUCCUCUUUUCGGUGGGAUUUACAUGGAAGAGCCCUUUGAGGGAAGCAAGAACGAGCUGAGGAACACAGAGAUGCUGUCGGCUGCCUGUGCAGUUGGUGUGGGCUGCUGCUUUGCUGCCCCCAUUGGAGGGGUGCUGUUCAGUAUUGAGGUCACUUCCACAUUUUUUGCGGUGAGGAACUACUGGAGGGGCUUCUUUGCAGCCACCUUCAGUGCCUUCAUAUUCAGAGUGCUGGCGGUGUGGAACCAGGAGGAAGAGACCAUCACUGCUCUUUUUAAGACCCGUUUCCGUCUUGACUUUCCGUUUGAUCUUCAGGAGCUGCCGGCGUUCGCCAUCCUUGGGAUUGCCUGCGGUUUUGGUGGUGCUCUGUUUGUCUACCUGAACCGACUGAUUGUGGAGUGCAUGAGGAAGCAGAAGACUAUUAACAAGUUCUUGCUGAGGAAUCCAUCUCUUCCUGUCAGGCGUCUGGUGUAUCCCGCUCUCGUCACCCUGCUGAUCUCCACUCUCACGUUCCCUCCGGGCUUCGGGCAAUUCAUGGCGGGACAGCUGACGCAGCACGAGUCUCUGGUCGCACUGUUCGACAACCGCACGUGGUGCCGCCACGGCGUGGCGGAGGAGUUUGACUACACCAGCCACCACCACGCCUGGAAACACCCACAGGUCAACGUCUUCAUCACACUCAUCCUCUUCAUCAUCAUGAAGUUCUGGAUGUCUGCCGUGGCCACCACCAUGCCGGUUCCAUGCGGGGCCUUCAUGCCAGUUUUUCUUAUCGGUGCGGGAUUUGGCAGACUUGUUGGAGAGGUUAUGGCAACCAUGUUUCCUGAUGGCAUACAUGCUGACGGCAGUGUGUAUCCCAUAGUUCCCGGCGGUUAUGCUGUAGUUGGUGCUGCGGCUUUGUCUGGAGCAGUCACCCACACUGUGUCCACGGCCGUCAUAGUGUUUGAGCUGACUGGUCAGAUCUCCCACAUCCUGCCUGUGAUGAUCGCUGUGAUCCUGGCCAACGCCGUGGCCCAGUCGCUCCAACCAUCACUAUACGACUCCAUCAUCCGCAUCAAGAAACUCCCUUAUCUACCUGAGCUGGGCAUGGGACAUCACGAGAAGUACAAUAUCCGAGUGGAGGACAUUAUGGUCAGGGACGUGCGCUACAUCACUCUUAUCUCUUGCUAUCGAGACCUGCAGGAGAUGCUGCUGACUGGUCACCUCAAAACACUGGCCCUGGUAGAGUCCAGUGACUCGAUGAUCCUGCUGGGCUCCAUAGAGCGACUGCAGCUCCAGUCGCUGCUCUCUUUCCAGCUGUGCCGCCAGCGGAGGCUGGAGUACCUCCGCCGGCUGGCCCAGGACAACGGCAACCACGAUCCCCUGCCCAGCCUGAACACCGACAGCACGCCCAGCUCCCCCUGCUCCCACACCCACAUCAACGCCUCGACCAACGCUCGCCAAGCGGUGCGCUUCCUGGUGAGCACCCAAGAGAUAUCCACAGAGGAGUCUUCCUCCUUCAGCCCAGGGGUUUCCAACGUUCAACUUCCUUUAAAAUCUGCUUUGAAAACUGUGUCAGCCAUCAGUGACCCAGAGACUCCAAAUAGUUCUCAGACCCUCUCCUGUGCUGACCAAGAAAAGGACUUGCUGGAGAGCUCGGCUGGGCCGGCUCCUCCUGAAAAAAGAAAGCCCAAGUCCAAACGAGUGAGGAUCUCCAUGGCGGACUCGACUGAAGUGGAAGAUGGCAUGUCCCCAUCAGACAUAGCAGAGUGGGAGGAGCAGCAGCUCGAUGAGCCGGUGGAUUUCAAGAACUGCAAGAUUGAUCCCGCUCCCUUCCAGCUGGUGGAGCAAACAUCUCUGCAUAAGACCCACACCAUCUUCUCUCUGCUGGGUCUGGAUCACGCCUAUGUUACCAGCAUGGGGCGUCUGGUUGGAGUGGUCUCUCUCAAAGAGCUGCGUAAAGCCAUAGAGGGCUCAGUGACGGUGACUGGAGUAAAAGUGCGUCCUCCGUUGGCCAGUUUCCGUGACAGUGGGAACAGCACAAGUGUAUCAGAGGUAACGGAACUACACAAGCUUUGCAUCCGCCACAGGGGGCUCUCAUUUCCACGCGAACCCAAGCGUCCCGAUGUGGUGGACAAGCCCGAUCUGGCCUACAAAGAAAUCCCCGUCAACUUCUCAGACCAAUCGAAUUUGCAGUUUGAAACCAGCCCCGGUGACGUCUCAAGCCAGUCAUCGGAGUUGGUGCUCCAGGAGAGCCCCUCGUUCACUGAGGAGCAAUCAGAGUUUACUUUUGACUGCAGCCCCUCCCACACUGAGGAAUCAGAGCUGGCCUGUGACUAUGACCCCCCACCCACACUCCUGAGCCAGACAACACAGAGCAAGAACAGCGGAGUCCAUCUAUGAGCAGAGACCAAUCAGAACCUGAAGGAGAGGGUAACCCCAUCCACACUAAGCAUCAAUCCGAAUGAUCGGGGGGGAUCCAUACUGUCGCCUCAUGAUUGUUGAUAUGUCUUACAUGUGUAGAGGUCCCUCUCCCCUGAAAGUCCAGCCUAGAUACCUGUGUUUCUAACAUUGUGUGGCGUGAGUGAGUCAGCGUGGGCACGAGUAGAUGGGACAUUCCUCAUUUUGCCUCAAAUGCUUGUUUUACAGGAUAAAGCUGUUUUUAUUCUAUAUUUUUAUUACUGCUGACAAAAUCCCAUGAAAAGACCAAAUCAAAAACAGGUUUAUCUGUCUCUUACUGACUUCCCUGUCCUGUCUGUGGCUCUUUGACUACUAUCACAACACAUAUCAUUAAAGUGUUGGGAGGUUUCUCUGCAUAUGUGGAAAAAUAUGUUGUAAAAAGCCUUUUGUGGCUCCAGAGGGAGUGGUGUGAGGGCUAAUAAAGUCAACCUGAUUAGAUUGGAAGAAUACAACUUUGGAAAUUAAGACAACAAUCAUCAUCUCUGCCUCUAGGCUGGAGGCAGCAUUAGCUGCUGCUGUUAGAAGAACACACCCGAAUCUCUGACCGGACUGUCGGCGGUCGAGAUGAACUGUCAAAACCUUGAGUCGGCAUUAUCCACUAAUGUCGACUCAAGGUUUUGACAAGACAAAUUUGUGAAGUAUAAAAGACAAUGUCUCUCCAUUUAUUUCAAUCCAUCCAUUGUUAGAUUGACUAUGUUAAAGGAGUGCAAUGCUAAAUCAGUGUGGUAACAAAUGUUUUGCGUAUCUGAGUUUGAACUGCCGUUUUGGAGCUUUUGAUUAAAUCAGCAGAUGGAGUUCGCCCAGCUGUCGUGGAAUUGUAGAUUUUAAAAUCUGUUUUUACUAAACACUUUAAGGACUUCUGUUAGCUUAAAAGUUGAGUUGAGACUAGGUCAAGAAUGGCCUUGAAAACAGUUUCAGCUUCAACUUCUGCAAGAUCUGAUUAGGUGAAAUUAUCGAAAGCUUUAGCACAUCUAAUAAUGGACCUUUAGGUGAGAUUAUUUAAAUCAUUUCCUGAAACGACUGGGCACUAGAGGUAAAAUUACUCAAGUAAAUAUUGCCUUUUUUUCAGCUGUGGAUUUUACUCUAGUGUGCAGAAGGAUGGUAUGUAAAUGGGAUUUGACUGUUUUUAAUAGUUUUUUAUUUAGCUCCAUGAAGACAAUGAUAACACUAGUUUGGUCUUUUCAUGGCUUUUGUUAAAAAUAAAAGUAUUUACGUGACUUCAAUUACAUUGCAAGCAGAGAGAAAAUAAAAGGAGACAAAUAAAAGGCAAAUAAUAGACAGCAAAGCACAGAAGAACAAAGACAAAACAUUUUAAUGAGCACAUGGUGUUAUGAAUUCAAACUACUACCUAUUCACUAGCAAUGGACUAAUACAUCAGAGGGCCAUAAUUAAUGGCUAAUAAUAAAAUAUAGUGGUGUUGGUUAUAUGUUGGCUGAUAAGCAAUAACUACAGUAUUAAUGCAGUAAUGGUUUAAUAGCUACAGUGUCAUCAGUUUGUCAAGACUCUAUUGUUUACAACAGAUGUAAUAUUCAGUAUUUUCUUUCAUUUUACUACCAAACAUUGGUGUCAAUAUCAGCCCCCGAAAUCAACUGUUCAAAGGCAGCUUCCAAAGGCCUAUCAAGCGUGUUACACGGCUUCACAUAAAUGUGAAGCACAUUGUAAUUACCAUCAGGAUCAUUUUUCUGCACAUGUAGCCUUGUUUGGCUUUAUAGGGGCUGAUUCAAUAAGGGCAAUGUAGACUGUCAGUCUUGUCACUUGAAUGCCUCUGCAUUUUCAUUUAAUUGUGUGUUUAAUGUGUUUCUAGCAUGAUAAAGUGAACAAACAGAGGGAAAUGAAAAUACUGGCUGUUGUACAGAGCACACAAACAAACAAAAAACACACACACACACACCACACACACGUGAAUGUGACCUGUAUAUUAACACCGUGAUAUGUUACACGUACCUUUAUGACAGUACAUAUAAUCCAGCCUGGCCUCUAAUACAAUGUUGAGAAAUGUAACUACUGUGAAGCACAGUGAUACCCACAAAACUGUAGUAGAGAAACGGGUGUGUGUGAGUCCUUGUUAUGACCCUCAAAUGGAUGUAAUAUUUUUUAGCUUCAUGCUGUCCUAUUUUUGAGCCAUAUUUCAAUCUUAUGUGAUAUCAUCGCAGCACACAACUCCGUCUCAUUUUUAAAAAAAUGUGUAAACAUUUGUGCAACGAUUUAUUAGCGUGAUUUCUUUUCGUUUGCAUAUAGAAUGUGAAGUAGUGCUUGCCAUAUAAGAUAACAUUUAAGGAGUUAAAUGUAGAGAGAGUAUAAGCUAAUUUGCAGGGUAUCUAGUUAAGCAAUAAGUCUGUAGUAUCUCCCUUUAUAUGGCACUGGCCUGUAUAUGCUUUGUACAUAUAAAUACACUGAUGAGAUCUACGUACAUACUAUUGUACAUAGGAGAAUAAUGCAUUUAAAAUCCAACAGCCAUUGUUAUUUUUCAGAGAACAUGAAAUUGUUUUGUACAUGAGUGAUUGAUUAAAUUAAAACAA